GCCCCCUCCUCUCCAGCAAAGACCGAGGUGCUAUUGUCUCGUUUCCUGUGCCAGUGCAAAAACCGUUAAUACAGCUUUGCGUGAAGUCAGAUACACUGGGGCCGCAUAAACACAUAGAAAUAACGAGACAAUGUUGCGCUUUAUAGUUUCCUACUGCUUUCUAAACAAAAGCUGAAACCUUGACAAUCCAAGCGAGUUGGAAAUACACGCGCGUGCAUGUUGGCACAGGCAAACCAGGAUUAUUUUUGGCUUUUUUCAGUUUCGCAUUUGCCGUUUUUUUCCAAAAAGACGGAGCAUUUGCGAGAGGUUGGCCCACCUGCCAGGAAAAGGAGGCUUUACUGAUUACGUGUUUCACCUUUAUUUUAAAGUUUUACCGGUUUGACUGUUCGCAGAACCGCAGGCUAUGGAACUCGUGUUAAACUGACAGGUUCGCGGCGCCAACGAGGGAAACAGAAGCCGUUGCAGCUCUUGCAGGGCAGAGUGGUCUGCUGGGCAGCACCGGAUCAGCGCCACUUCGGCCAGCGUGCCCACCAUGGGCAUGAAGGAGCAGGUCUGGGAGCUCUGCUGCUGACGGGUGGGAUUUUCACAGAGAGCCUCAGCCUGUCCCUCUCCCCCGCCCGCUCGCCCCCGCCCGUACCUCAAGCCUCCACCUCAGCAGCGCCGCCAUGUCGGGCCUGGCGCUUAACGAGAGCGGCAUGGAGGACUGCGGCAUCGACGACUCCUUCAAGUACAACCUGUACGGCGUGGUGUACAGCGUGGUCUUCGUGCUGGGCCUGAUCACCAACUGCGCCGCCCUCUUCGUCUUCUGCUUCCGCAUGAAGAUGCGCAACGAGACCACGCUCUUCAUGACCAACCUGGCCCUGUCCGACCUGGUGUUUGUCUUCACCUUGCCCUUCAAGAUCUUCUACAACGUCAACCGCCACUGGCCCUUCGGCGACGGACUGUGCAAGGUCUCCGGCACGGCCUUCAUCACCAACAUCUACGGCAGCAUGCUCUUCCUCACCUGCAUCAGCGUGGACCGCUUCCUGGCCAUCGUGUACCCGUUCCGCUCACGCUCCAUCCGCACCCGCCGAAACGCCGGCAUCGUGUGCGCCGCUGUCUGGCUCCUCAUCCUGGGAGGAGGCAUCUCCGUCACCUUCUUCUCCACCACCAACCAGGCCAACUCCAGCACCACCUGCUUCGAGGGCUUCUCCAAGAAGACGUGGAAGACCUACCUGUCCAAGAUCACCAUCUUCAUCGAGGUGGUGGGCUUCAUCAUCCCGCUCCUGCUCAACCUGGGCUGCUCGUCCAUGGUGCUGCGGACCCUUCGCAAGCCGGCAACGCUCUGCCAGAUCGGCACCAACAAGGAGCGCGUGCUGCGCAUGAUCGUGGUGCACGUGGCCAUCUUCGUGGUGUGCUUCGUGCCCUAUAACUCCAUCCUCUUCCUCUACGCCAUGGUGCGCUCGCAGGCCCUCGCCAACUGCGGGCUGGAGCGCUUCGCCCGCACCCUCUACCCCAUCACGCUCUGCGUGGCCACGCUCAACUGCUGCUUCGACCCCGUCGUCUACUACUUCACCUCCGAGUCCUUCCAGAAGUCCCUGACCACGGGAAAGAGCCAGUCCAAGCAGGAGAACACCCUGCGCAGCAAGGAGGUCAAUGACACGGAGUCCACCGAGGUCCACAGGCAGACCAGCAAUGGCAAGGACCUGGUGUCCGAGACACACUUCUGAAUAGGGCAGCUGGGGAAGCAUCUGGGUAAGACAGAUGUUACCAGUUGCCUGGAUUUUCUCCACUUUGCCGGAGGAGCCAUGGUCGUUACCUUUUGAAGAAGUCUUGAAGUGCAGCUCUUUGGAGGACCAGGCUGUGAAGGAAGGAAUUUUAUCAGUGUUAUCAGAACAAUAAGUACCAUAGACAUAUUACUACUGUGUUUUAUUUCUCUUGAUGAUGUUAUCUGGUUGUCUAUGUUUAGGGCCUCUUGGUCCUGUUCUAUUCAAGAGAUUUUUUUCUUAGUGAAAAUUUGAUGAACAUAAAAUAGCUGAUCGGUGCUAGGCCAAAACAGUCUUAAAUUUACUCCUAUGCAAUGCAGAGGAUUUUACAAAAGUAAAAAAAAACUAAAAUAAAAACAAAACAAUCUGGUCAAAGGUGAAUGAAAAUUUGUUUAAUUGUGGAUUUGGAUCUUCAGAUCCAAAAAGACCAAAUGGCCCUUGUGACACUUGCCAAAUUAUGUUAAAGCAGAAAAAAAACGGCAAUAAUUGUUGCUGUCGUGCCAGAAAGAAAGUGGUAAUCAGUGAUGGUGCCCAUUUUUCACCAUCCCAGGUUGUGUUCAUGUUUAUGUUUCCUAUGUUUCAUGAGGUUGCACUCUGUUUAUUGUGUGGUCAACUAUUUGUUAAUUCUGUUGUCUCUCCUCAGAGGUGGCAUCAAAGUUGUUGUUGUUUUGCUCUGUGGUUUGCUAAAAUACUAUUAAAGUAAUUCUUGUGUGUCUACAAGCAUAUGCAUUCCCACAGCAUGUUCAAACAGUUACUCUGUUCCAGAGAAGAAGGAUUUUCAUUUAAACAAAUCUUUCUAGAGAAAUUCUUUCAUUUAAAUAGUCUGUUUACACAAUCUUAAUCUCCUUAUCCUCCCAGCUCAACUCAUGCAGACAGGCACAUACACUCUUGCACACUGGAUUGUGGAUUUGUUACUCUUUGAAUUAUGUGAUCUUUUUGUAUUGUAAUAAAUAAAUUGUAUUAUAUUGUUCAUAUGAAAACACACUGUACAGAGGCGGCUGUGUUCAGAUGUGGAAUAGAUCAUUGUUCCAGAAUAGAACUGUCAAAGAGACCAUAGUUGUAGUAAACAAGCGUCUGCUGUUAACAAAAGAGCACUUUUCAAUGUGGAAUUCUGUGUCCAUGUGAAUGUCUGUCUUGUAGACCUGGAAUGAAAGCAAUUAAAAAAAGCA